UGAAAACUACCAAGCCUUGAACUGGCAGCUUAAGCCUUCUAAUACCAGCUCCAUUCCCAUCCUACUGAGCGAAUAGUCAUGAUUAAAUGCUGAGAUGAAUCGUCACCUGUGUGUUUGGCUUUUUAGACAUCCAUCUCUAAAUGGUUACCCCCGGCAUCAUAUCCACCUCCAUUCUCAUCAAUGUGGACAGACACCUCUUGAUACAAGACUGUGGAUUUUUAGACCAAACAGGAAUUACAUUCUCCAUCAUCUGUCAAAUAAGAAUUGGUCCAGGAGAUAUUGUCAUCAAGACACCAAGAUGCUCUGGAAGCAUAAAGCAUUCCAGAAAUAUUUGGAGGACCUGAAUGAGGAGUACCAAACACUUGAACAAUGUUUGCAGCAUAUCCCUGUGAAUGAAGAGAACCAAAGGUCCUUGAACCGAAGGCAUGCUGAAUUGGCACCACUUGCAGCCAUUUACCAAGAAAUUCAGGAGGCUGAACAAGCAGUUGAAGAAUUAGAAUCAAUGUGUAAAAGUCUAAAUAAACAAGAUGAGAAGCAGUUACAAGAACUUGCAUUGGAAGAAAGGCAAACCAUUGAUAAAAAAAUCAACAUGUUGUACAGAGAGCUUUUCCAGAGUCUAGUGCCAAAGGAGAAAUAUGACAAAAAUGAUGUUGUUUUAGAGGUGACAUCUGGAAGAACUACUGGGGGUGAUAUCUGCCAACAAUUUACCCGAGAAAUAUUUGACAUGUACCAGAAUUACUCGUGCUAUAAACACUGGAAAUUUGAACUUCUGAAUUAUACAGCAGCAGAUUAUGGUGGACUACAUCAUGCAGCCGCCCGAAUUUCUGGUGACAAUGUCUAUAAGCACUUGAAAUAUGAAGGUGGCAUCCACCGAGUUCAGCGAAUCCCUGAAGUGGGCCUGUCAUCAAGAAUGCAGCGUAUUCACACAGGAACAAUGUCAGUUAUCAUCCUUCCUCAACCAGAUGAGGUAGAUGUGAAGCUGGACCCCAAAGAUUUACGAAUAGAUACAUUUCGAGCCAAAGGAGCAGGAGGGCAGCAUGUUAAUACAACAGAUAGUGCGGUCAGACUUGUUCACAUCCCCACAGGGCUAGUAGUAGAAUGCCAACAAGAACGAUCACAGAUAAAAAAUAAAGAAAUAGCUUUGCGUGUGUUGAGAGCUAGACUCUAUCAGCAAAUUAUUGAGAAAGACAAGUGUCAGCAACAAAGUGCCAGGAGACUGCAGGUGGGAACAAGAGCCCAGUCAGAGAGAAUUCGAACAUACAAUUUCACCCAGGAUAGAGUCACUGACCACAGGAUAGCUUAUGAAGCUCGUGGUAUUAAGGAAUUUUUAUGUGGAGAGAAGCGCCUGGAUCAGCUAAUUGAGAGACUGCUUCAAUCGGCAGAUGAAGAAGCCAUUGUUGAACUUUUGGAUGAAAACUUUAAAUCAGCAAAAUAAAUACUUAUUUAUUAUUUAAUGUUAUGUAAAUGAAAUGAACCUAUAUCCAGAAACAGACUGAGGCCUGGAAAUCUUUAUGAAUGUUUAUAAAGUAUAGCUCUAAGUAUACAAUACUUACAAAUAUAUUUUUUAAUAAAUC